CAUUGUAAAUCACAUAUGAUGAUUUACAAAUUUUAUACAUUGUAAAUCAUGAUUCAGGAGUGCUCCUUGUAACAGUUAACGGGUCUCGGUUUGUUUACUCCUUUCAUCUUGAUUAUGAAUGUAGAAUACAUUAUAUUACACUGUGGAAGAAUGUACCUAUCCAUAUGUACUAAAAACUAGUUAAAAAAUUAUCACAAGCUAAAAACUUAAUUUUGCUUUUCUUACAAAUCUUAAAAAGCUCAAACACAAGUUGUUAAUCUCUCUUUCAAUAUUUAUGGAUUUAUGAGAGAAAUAUCGUCCUAAAAAUAUACUGAUUAAACAGUUUGUCAAAACUAGCAGUGAGUGAGGUUCUGGUGUGACGAGCACUUUUUGAACAAAUUUUUGAAUAUAACACAGAUCGGUCAUGACCAUCGCUGAGCCCAGUGAAAGACAUGGGGUGGAAUAUGUGCCUUACAAUACGCAAAAUACAGAAAAGAAUAACCUCGUCCAACUAAAGCCUCAAAACCAAGGCGCUAAAUCGGACACACCUUUCUUAAUGAUGACAAUUCUUUCAGGUACUAUGCUUGCCACUAUUACUGGAUCCAACAUGGUGUGGACAUCACCCGUAAUCCCAAAAAUCACAUCAAACAUCUCUGAUGACAAUCCCUUGGGAAGAACGGCAACAACCUACGAAAUAUCGAUGAUUGCUGGAUUUCCACCAUUAGCAUCUCUUGCGGGAUCUUUAUUUCUAGGACAGUUGGCAGAAGUAUUCGGAAGAAAAAGGUCUAUACUGAUCCUAGCUUUGGGGAAUAUUACAUCAGUGGUUUGCUUGGCAUUUAGUACUAAUGUAUAUUGCAUUGUCGUGUUUCGAUGUAUAAUAUUUAUGUUUUUUAACGGAGCCAUAACUGUGUUACCGGUUUAUUUGACAGAAAUUUGCGAAGACCACAACAGAGCAAGGUAUGGUUGUUUGAUGGGCGGUAUGCUACCUUUAGGAAGCCUCUUCGGCUACGUAGUGGGCUCAUUUUUCACAAUCAGAGUAUUUACUUUAUUAACACUAAGUCCAUUAUUAUUAUUUAUUUUCUUUUGCGUAUGUGCACCCGAGUCUCCAGUCUAUUCCCUAUCUAGGGGGAGAAGAGAAGAAUGUUUAAGCGCUCUUAGAAAGUUAAGAAGCAAUAAAAAUGACAAAGAAAUUGAAAACGAUGUGUUACAAAUAGAAGAAGCUUUAAAGCUUCGAGCAAGUUCUUCCUCUGGUAAUAUCUUUAGCUUAUUCUCAACAAAAGAAAGAAGGUAUGCAACGCUUUUAGCAUUCAUUCCUCCUAUGAUACAAGUUCUUUCGGGAGUUGCCGUUUUGGUCCAAUUCAUGGCACCUAUAUUUAUUGCAGCUGGCACAAAAUACAACAGUAAUCAUCUAGCAAUAGUAGCUGGUGCUAUAAAGGUUAUCAGUUUUAUAAUCGUUUCCUUUAUUGUCGAGAAAACUGGAAGAAGGUCUAUGCUUCUGAUCUCUACAAUAGGAUCUUCUAUACCACUUUUAAUGUUGGGUGGAUUUUUUUUCCUCAAGCAUAUCAAUUCCCCAUUGGUUGCUUCACUCCAGUGGCUACCUUUGACUAGCAUAGUGGCGUUCAUGGUAACUUACUCUCUAGGAAUUGGUCCAAUUCCAAUGGCCAUCAUGGGAGAACUUUUCACUUCAGAUGUCAGAGCCGCAGGCGUAUCAUUUAUUAUGACGGUGAUGGGCACAUGUCUGUUUUGUGCCACGACCAGUUUUCCAAUCAUUAACGAGUUUCUAGGCUUGCACUGGUGUAUCUGGAUGUACAGCGUGUUUUGUCUAGCUGGGGCAACAUUUAUUUAUUUUAUGAUUCCGGAAACGAAGGGGAAAACUGUUGUAGAAAUACAAGAAUAUAUUAAGAGCUGUGUAAAUAAAUAAAUGUUUCUUU